UGGCGAACACCAGUGAUUGUGUGAUCCAGCCAGUGAUCGAGUCCAGUCUUCUACAUUCAUUUUCUGGCUUCUUCCUUUUUACAUUAUUAAAUCACAAUUCAUCCGUCACUACUACACUAACAAUUCAUCAUGUGCUGCAAAUUGAACCGAUUCUGUUGCUGCGCCUUUACGCUCCAAACGGGCACCAAAGUCAUUGCCAACGUUUACCUGCUGGCUGAAGUCAUAGCGCUCACGUAUCUGAGCAUUUCAGAGUUCUGCGGACUGUUUUCUUCAACAGACCUAGUCACUGUGAUGGCCCUGGCCAUUUUCAGUACGAUCCUGGUUUUAAUUGCCGCCAGUAAGGAUAGCAACGCUUCACUCCUCAUGCCCUGGCUCUUUCUGUGCGCCAUUUUGAUACUCGGAUGGUUCGGCUAUAUUGGAUGGAUUAUCAUCAACACAGGUGGACAUGCCGUCAUCAUCUUUUGCUUCAUGCUGAUUGGAUUAGCCGGCAUUGAAGUUGCUAGCGCUGCACUGGCCGCAACUAUCGGAACAAUGCUUGUCAUCUACAACUGGAUGGUGGUCUACAGCUACUACCACCAACUGAUGGAAAAGAAAGACCAGCCUUUCGAAGAAGACGCUGAUUCCAUUAGUUAUAUCAAAUACCCAUAGGAUGUAAUAAGGACUGAAUAAGUGAGCGGACCACUUGAAACGAAGAUAAAAGGAACCUGAUAACUUAACUACAGAAUUAUUUAUUUAUAAUUGCCUAUGAAGAUAUUAUUACUAUUUAUUUCGUGCACUGUCCGUGUAGUCAAGAGCAGCUCGAUGGCGCUUUAUAUGAGGACCGGGUAUAUUUAUUAUUUCCAGAUAGAACGCGAUCAAGGAGAACACAUAUUUCAUCACUAUUUUUGGCUCGCCCGUAAUGUUGUCUUAAAUUAUUAAUAGACUUUUCAAGCUUUGUAGCUUUAUUGUAUUUUGAUUUAAAAUAAAAUGAACAAAUUAGUAA